AUACGUUUUAAAACUGAAAGCCAUGCUUUAUGAAUAACAUAUACCUGAAGCUUGUUUUGCUAUUCAAUGAAAAAAUUCUUAGCAGUUUUUAAAUUAAGCCCUCGAUGAGUAGAUAGUUCAGGAAGUUUAAGCUAUUUCAAGCAUUUACUCUAAAAACCACAAAUCAUAUAUGGAAAAGAAUAUUUUGUAAACAGUAACACUACAGUAUAUUGAUAAAAUUAUUAAUAUUUAUUUAUCUAUAAGCACAAUUAUUGUUGUUUUAGUGUACUUCAGAAAACGUGUUCAGUUCAUCACCAAAGUUGGAUCAAAGGAUCCAAGGGUACAAGGAAAAGAAAUAUAUGGCAGCUUUUUCGAGCCACAGAUUUUGAAUCGUUGAUGUAUCCUUGCUUCAUCGUUUGUCGUAUUCUGGGGAUGUUUCCAUAUAGGAUCAAUGCUUUAAACAUCAAAAUUUGCAAGCCAUGCUAUAUUUUAUCAACCAUCAUUAUCAGCGUUUUUUGCUUUUUCACACUAAUCGCUAUGUACGUACUCAAUUUUUCUAAAGAAAUUGUGUACACAAACUUACCCGUAACCAAAAAAUUUCAAGAUAACUUCCAGCUUAUUUCCGGAGGUUUCGCUGUAGUUGUCACAUUUAUUUUAAGUAAACCACGAAUGCGUUUAAUUCAAACCAUAAUGGAAAUCUCUUCAAGCCUGUCCUCGGAAUCAUAUCAAAAUCUAUCUAGACUUAUCCAUUCCAAGGAUAUUUUUGGGCUGGUCUAUAUAUUCGUGGUAGCGUCGAUAAUUUUCUACAACUUAUCAGACGACAUUUUAACAAAGACAUUUGUGCUAUAUAACAUCCUGUUUUUGUUCCAAAUAGAUAUGAUAUUCAUAAAUUGUGUUUUCGUAUUAAAAGCUUGUUUCAAGCAACUCAAUGACAAUCUAAUAAAUUUAGUAAAACUAGUAACGAAUGAUGACACUUAUAUCCUUGGGAGCACCUAUUAUAAUGAAAGAAAUCCAUUGGUGCUCAUGAAACUCAAGGUUCUAAAGAAGCAACAUUUGAUGAUCAGCGACACAGUGCAAGUGCUAAAUAAGAUUUUUAGUUUGCCACUUCUUGUUACCAUAAGUAGGACUUUUCUCGCAAUCACUUUCGCAUUGUACUUCUACGUAAUGCGUUGGAAAAUUGGGAUGCUUUACGCAGAAAAUAAUGUAAACGGCCAAAUUUAUGAUAUGGUUUGGAUAUUUAUUAUGACAUUUUUUGCUUUAAAAAUGGGAUUGUUAGUAUGGGCUUGCGAAACCGCCAAGAAUCAAGCAAUUGAUAUCAACACUGCCGUCCACAGCGUGCUAAACAGCAUCAGCGAUAAGGAAUUAAAACGCGAGCUGCAACUAUUUGCUCUGCAAUUAGUCCAUCAUAGAAAUGUGUUUUCUGCAAAAUGGACUAAUAUAGACCUAACACUCUUCACUGCUAUGGUGGGCGGAAUUACCAAGCACUUAGUAAUUUUGAUACAAUUCCUGUUCAUAUCUUGCGAAGUGCAACCUACAAUUAACUCUGAUGUAAACUAAUUAGUGAGAUAUCUGAUCAAAUAAA